AUGGACUUCGAUGAAGAAAUGAAAGAGUCUGAUGAAAUUGGGAAGGCUGAUGUGGGAGAUAGUGAAUUCCAUGAGCGAGAAAGUGAUGGAAUCAAUGCAAGGGAAUCCCAAAAAGCAAUUGACCAAGAAGAAGGCUCGAUGGAGAAAAAAGGCGAAAGCAUGCUAACAGGAGAAAAGGAGGCAUCUAAUGAAACAGGAAAGGGAAAAACGAAGAAGUCAAAUAAAACCAAAACACCAAGAGGUCCUACAAGAAAUUUACAACUGGCUAAAAUGAGACCCGGUGAGAAGAUAAAGGUAGAUUUUGAUUUCAGUGGUCAACCAAUAGGUGUCAACAGAGCUAAGCUGUCAAGUUACUGUGGUUCCCUCGUCAGAGAUCCUAUGAAUGCGCCACUUUAUCGUAUUGAAGAAUUUUCACAAGACAAAUUUGAUAUUGGGCUGGAUGAUGUUAAAGAUCAAGAUGAACGUGAAAAGAAAAGAAAAGAUAAGAGGAAGAAAAAGUUUCGCAAAGAGGCUGAAGCAUCCAAAAAUGAAGCUAGUGAGGCAAAGAAGGAAGCAAACGAGGUUAAGGAGAAGAACGAAGCUCUAAGUAAUACAGUGAGAGACCUCGAAAGAAAUCUAGACUUAUGGAACGCCCUAGAAGCCUUCAUGAAUUUGGCUGGAUACAACAUGUCCGAUCUCAAUAUGGAUGCGUGGACCGAUGAAGAGGAUGAGGAAGAGCUAAUUCAAAAGUCUGAGAAAAAACACAAUGAUGUUGAAGAUUAA